CCCCUCCCAAGGGUGGCGACCUGGAGUAGCCGCGGACACCACACCGCCGCACUCAACACACUUUGUCGCCGGGAAGGAAUUAACGACUUAUUUUGUUAAGCACGGAAGUGAUCUAGUGCGAGGAAAAUAAGAAGUUUGGGCAUGCAUAUGGUGGUGCUGGAGGUGGUAGUGUCAGUUUCUACUUGCACGUACCCGAGUAACUGACCAUGCUGUUUGUGCUUCGAUUAAUCAUCGGGUGCGCCAUGGUAACCCUGGGUGUGGGGGUGCGCAUGACCUCCAUGAGCAGUCCCAGGUACGUGAUGGAGGGCACCAAUAUCACCCUUAGGUGCGAGUUUGACCUGGAGGGAGACGACCUGUACUCCCUGCUUUGGUGGCGUGGCGGCUCCGUCCUGCUCCGCUACACGCCGCCGCACGGUGAGGGUCUGGACAGCUGGGAUGAGGAGGACCUGGGUGAGGAGGAGCAGGUGCUGCUGGACCCUAUCAGUAACGUCACCACGCGCCCUCUGGCCUGGUUCCCCUCCCGGGGACUCGAUGCCCAGGUGGAUGGCGAGGGCGGCCCUGAGGCACUGUGGCUGCUCAACGUGGGUCAUGAAGCUUCCGGCGUGUAUACCUGCGAGGUGACCGCCGAAUCCCCGCCCACCUUCGUCACGGCUAACGCCUCCGUCACUCUCGUUGUUAUUGUACCGCCGUCUGCCUCGCCACUGCUGCAGGGAACGGCGGGUUACGUGGCAGAAGGCCAGUGGGUGGAUGCCAGCUGCAACUCUGCUCCUGCACUGCCGCCGCCAGCCCUCGCCUUCUACAUCAACGACCGUCCGGUGGUGAAUGCGUUCAUGUCGCCGCUGCGGGUGCGGGAGGCUGCCAAUAACAAGGUGGUGGUGUCUCGUUCCGUGGGCUUCACUGCUCACCGGAGGCAGUUCCUGAAUGGCCAUCUUGCCCUUGAGUGCCGCGUGACCAUCGACCAGCUGGUGUGGAAGGCAACGAAUGACUUGUUACUUCUGGAUUACAUCUCGGAGAGCAAGGCGGCGCGGGUGUGUGUGGGUGGCGAGUCGUGGGUAAAGGGCGCGGGUGUGGCCCUCCUCCUGUUGUACCGCUGGCUGGGGUGAUGCGGCAUCCUCACACUGAAGGGAUUAUUAUACGAAGAAGCACAAAGGGAGAAUAAAUAGUAGCAGACAUCGCACUAUGAUAGCAUAAGGAAAUGAGGGCAAGCUGCAGGAAGUCGUCAGGCCAACACUUGGUAGUUUCUGUAUAAAACAUAACUAAUCAUUUCCAUCUAUCAUCUUCAUCCAUAAAUUUGCCUCAUUUUCUAAACCUACCUAAUAAUUAAUGCACUAUCAACCUGAUUACUGAGAAUAUGUCCUAUGUCUACCAUUCUAUCCAGGCGUGUUCGCUCUUAUAUGGCUGUCUGUGAAGUAAAGGAUGUAGGAUAGCAAAAGGUAAAGUGUGAAUAUAUAUAGUUUUCAUACAAACAAGAAUGACUUACACUUUCAAGAAUGGUUUGUUACGUUCACCAGGGUCUUAAAGAAUUCACACACACACACACACACACACACACACACACACGCACACACGCACACGCACACGCACACGCACACACACACACACACACACACACACAUACAGAAGUAUAUUGAUAAAUAGAUAAAUAUAUAAAUAGAUAAUUAAUAAAACAGGUAAGUAGAUAGACAGAUAGAGAGAUAGAAUGUGGCCAUAGGAAAUUCUUGCCCGUACUAAAGAUACAAGUGUAAUCUUAAUUUUGUAUGUACAUAACGCCCACUUUCUUUCAUCUUCAUGUACUGUACACACACACCUUGGCCUGCAGCAUUGCACAACACUCACAGUCAGCCUUGUAGUAAUGUUACCUGGACAUUGAAUUACCCAAAGCAGCACCCUGGGUCGUCACAACAGUUCCCUAUCAGUAAUUGCCGUUAACAAUGGGCUGCUGCUCUAUUAAGCUUUACUAAGUCAGUAUUUUCAUGCAUAUUUCUACGUACUACACGCAUUAUGCCGACUUGGUAAGCUCUUUUAAACACACCAUAAUUUUCUUUACGUCACCCAUUGUGUUAGUUGUUAGCUUCUCCUUUUCCAGCUCUUGAUGACAGUUGCCCUGCACGCGACACCUGUGACAGACGCGUCUCUUUGUGGCUAUCGUGUGCUUCUUUAGAUAUACUAUUAUCUAACACCAGAUAUGUUUAAUUUUAAAGAAAGAAACAGCAAGUAAGAACACAUUAUAGUUCAACAAUUAUAAGGUUAUAUUCAUUAAUUAAAAAUAAAUUGAUAGCAAGUAAUAAUAAAUACGCUUUAUCUUAAAAAA